AUGACUGAGAGCGAAUCCCGUGCACAGGAGGUUUUGGUCGUUGCAAUAUCGGUCCUGUUCCUUGCACUGCUGCUCGUAUCCAUCGUCGCCUACAAUGUCAAGUCGAAGGAUAACCACGGACAAGGCAAUGACAGCUGGCGAGAGAUGUGGGGUUUUCAGGAAGGCCCUGCCGCCGUGAUCCAAUCCCUGCAACGGCAGUCUUUCAUGGAGAGCGUUCGACGGCGAAGCAUUACCCUCGCUGAAAAUCUGCAGCUGGAACUCAUGAGCUUGAAACGAAAGCUCUCCUGGCGGCCAUCGAUGGCGGAAAGCGUGCCCGUGGCCGACCUAAGCGUUGCCAAUACGUUGCAGAGGUUCACCCUAGAUUCGGGCGACACAAAGGCUGAAAGCCAGGCUGUUGGCAAUGGGUCUAGGUGGCGCAUCUCCCAAGACUCGUUGGCCUUGAUCACUGGGAGAGAAUCGGUUUGGGCUGAUAAGCGGAGACGUUCGACCUGGGUCGCUUGCGAAUCGGAAGAGGAGAGCUGUGACCUGGAAGCGCAGGCGUCAACCGACUCAGCGUGA